AUGUGCACGAACAAUAAACUAAAGUACGAGAUGCAAGGAACUUACAUAAAGCUUGAGAACUGGGCGUUGUUGUUGAUCAGCAGUAAAAAGUUGAUUGACAACGGCGAAGGAAGAUCAGUUGAUAAGAUGAAAAAGUCAACCACAAUUGAUACAUUCUUUAAAAGAAAGAAUGUUGAAGUUUCAACAUCUAAAGUCUCGUCAAAUCCAUCAGUGGAUGUAGAUCAUAACAAUUCAAAAAAUCGUCCAACAAAAUCUUUAAGACUUGACAUUAAAGAAGGGUUUGAUAUUAAUUCAUUAGAGCGUGAUCCAGGAAUACGCCUGCCAAUAUGGGAGUAUCCACCUGAGAAGCGUGACGAAGUUCGUAGAGCUUACAUUAAGGCUGGUCCGUAUCAGAUUAUACUCUCUAGCUAUCAAAAAUCAGAAGAAGCUCAUUCACGUUCUUUUCAGCCAUCUUGGUUUAAGUUAUUUCCAUCUUGGUUGGAAUAUUCUCCUAAAGUACAUGCUGCAUUUUGUCUACCAUGCUUUUUAUUUCACUCUAAAGAUGCACAUCCUAGAUUGGAUGCAUUUACUAUUAAUGGAUUUCGAUCAUGGAAAAAGGUGAGAGGAAAAAAUUGUGCAUUUUUAGCACAUAUCGGAGAAGAUAUAAAUUCACCUCAUAGAAAUGCUGAGAAAGCAGUUGCAGAUCUCAUGGACCAACCAACACAUAUUGGAAGAAGGUUUGCGAACUUCACAUCACAAGAAAUUGCUGACAAUAGACUUCGUUUGAAAACAUCAAUUGAGGGGAUUAGGUGGCUCGCAUUUCAAGCAUGCCCUUUUAGAGGUCACGAUGAAUCUAAAACUUCAAUUAAUCGGGGAAACUUUUUAGAGUUAUUGAGUUUCAUAACGUCCUACAAUGAUAAGGUAGCCGAAGUUUUGGAUAAAGCUCCACGAAAUGCCACAUAUACAUCACAAACAACGCAAAAACAAGUUUUACAUGUCUUGGGAGAUAAAGUGAGAAACGCGAUUCGUGAAGAAAUUGGUGAUGCAAAGUUUUCAGUAAUAGUUAAUGAAGCACAAGAGGAAUCUAAGAAAGAGCAAAUGUCAAUUGUUUUAAGAUUUGUUGAUAAAGAUGGUUAUGUGCAAGAACGUUUUUUCGGGCUUAUUCAUGUCAAAGACACUGCUGCUUUAACAUUAAAAGAAUGUAUUUUCUCUAUACUCUCUAAUUAUAGUCUUGAUGUUCAAUCUAUUCGUGGACAAGGUUAUGAUGGCGCAAGUAACAUGCGUGGACAAUGGAAUGGUUUGCAAGCAUUAAUUUUAAGUGAAUGUCCUUAUGCUUACUAUUUUCAUUGUUUUGCACAUCGUUUGCAAUUAGCAUUAGUUGCUGCAUCUAGAGAAGUUAUUCCAGUCCAUCAAUUUUUUACAAAGUUAAACUCCAUUGUUAAUAUUGUUGGUGCUUCAUGUAAGCGCAAUGACCAACUAAAAGCUGCUCAAGCUGCAAAUAUUGCUCAUUUACUUGAGAUUGAUGAACUAGAAAGUGGAAAAGGACUCAAUCAAAUUGGUUCUUUACAAAGGGCAGGUGAUACUCGUUGGAGUUCUCAUUUGAAAUCUAUUUCUAGUUUGAUAAAGAUGUUUAGUGCAACAUGUGAAGUUUUAUUGAAUAUUAUUGAAGAUGGCACUACUUUUGCUCAACGAGGAGAUGCAGAUGCAGCUUAUGAGUCAUUAACUUCUUUUGAAUUUGUUUUCAUUUUGCAUCUUAUGAAAAAAAUUCUAGAAAUUUCUAAUAUACUCUGUCAAGCUUUGCAACUUCAGUCUCAAGAUAUUUUAAAUGCAAUGCAUCUUGUUUCUUCUACAAAGACUCUCAUUCAGAAAUUGAGAGAAGAUGGAUGGGAUGAAUUAGUUGAUGAGGUGAAAUCUUUUUGUGAACUUGUUAAUAUACCUGUGCGAGAUUUUAAUGCUCAUUAUACUGCAAAACGAGGAAGAAGUUGUGGUCAACAAGAUGCAAUUACAGUGGAGCAUUAUUACAGAGUUGAUCUUUUCAAUGCAGUGAUAGACUUUCAACUACAAGAAUUAAACAAUAAAUUCAAUGAUAGCACAGUGGAGUUACUCAUUCUCAGUUCAGCUUUAGAUCCAAGAGAGAUGCACACAUCAUUUAGAAUUGAUGACAUUUGCAAGUUGGUACAAAAAUUUUACCCAAAAGAUUUUACAGAAUACGAGAUGGUACAAUUAAGGACGCAAUUUGAACAAAAUCAUAUACGAGAACUUCCUGAUUUUAAUGUUUUGGCAACCAUUUCUAAUUUAUUUUCUACAGCUACCACAGAACGAUCUUUUUCAGCUAUGAAUAUAGUAAAGACUACACUUCGCAACAAGAUGGAAGAUGAAUUUUUAAGUGAUUGUUUGCUCGUGUAUAUUGAAAGAGAAAUUGCCAAAAAAUUUAGUAUAGAUUCACUUAUCGAUGAUUUUCGUGAUAUGCAAGAAAGACGUUCUAACAAGAAAGAGGAAGAAAGAGAAUCAAAGGAAAGAGAUGAAAGAAUCUCUCCUUCUGUUAUUGAACAAUGUUACAGCAUUAUAUACAAGCAUAGCAGAGUAAAGGAAGCUAACAACUAA